AUGGUCGACAUUGGGUCACAGCCUCGCUCGCUCGCAUCUCGGCUCUUUGGCCGCAAGCCUGCGCCUCCUGUCGUCGAGGACGACGCCAAGUUCGACGAGAAGGCCGACGACAUCGACAUGCUGCCCGAGCUUGUCAACGGCCUCCAGGCCGAGGUCUCGUACAAGUUCAUGGCCGAGCACACGUACCAGAUGUGCCUCGAGAAGCGCUGGAUCAAGCUCAGUACCGAGAACGUCGAUAGCGUCGGCAUCCGCCUCGGCAAGCGGCGGUACAUCACGUUCCCGGAGGACCAGCGUGACGCCGCCUUUGGCGAGGCGCUCAACGGCCUCAACUGCGAGAUCGCCGUGACCUACAGCGCCGACGUCGUCCGGGUCAUCGUCGGCGCCCUUCACCCCGACCUCGACUCGUUCUCGCUCGACUCGGUCACCCAGAUCCAGGUCGUCGACGACAUGUCCAACCUCGCCCGCGCUCGCGUCGCCCAGCACGCCUGCUUCAUCCGCAACGAGCGCCGCCUCGUCAUCUGGGCCGACAAGGUCUCCGAGCUCAAGGACACGGUCGCCGACCUCGAGGCCAAGCUCGUCGACUACGUGUUCAACUGCACGCUGCGCCGAGGCCGCCCAAGUCGGUCGACGACCCAGUCGAGCCUCACGACCUUGUCGACGCCUCGCGACCCGUUCCAGUCGUCGCCGUCGCUCACCGGCAUCACCGAGGAGGCGUUCGCCGAGGGAGAGAAGGGCGAGUCGCUCGAGGACGGCAUCAUCCCGCACGAUGACCGCACGCUCCCCCUCUUCCACUCGGCCUACACGGGCCUCGCCGUCGCCCUCAACCUCACGUUCUGCGCCCUCCUCAUCCGCGUCGGCCUCUACGAGUACCUCCUGAACGGCAAGAACGACUACCUGCGACUGUGCAUCAUCGCGGCCGUCCCGUUCCUCUUCUUCGUCAUCCUCUUCUUCAGCGAGAACGUUCUCGGCAUCAUUCUUCAGCUCGUCGCCCCGAUCGGCCAGAUGGGCCGCAACUCGCUCCACUACUCGGCCGUCGCUCCUCCUCGCCGCUACGUUGGUCAGCUGCCGCACAUGACGAUCAUGAUGCCCGUCUACAAGGAGUCGCUCGACGAGGUCCUCGCGCCCACCAUCGAGUCCGUCUCGCAGGCGAUCCGCACGUACGAGCUGCAGGGCGGCACGGCCUCGAUCAUCGUCUGCGAGGACGGCAUGCAGCUCGUCGACGCCGACGAGGAGAACCGCGCCGGUCGCUUCAAGAAGUCGUCCAACCUGAACGUCACGCACGCCCUCUCGCUCCGCAUCGAGCACCUCAUGGAUGAGCGCCGCCCGACCGACGUCGACAGCCUCGCCGCCUGGUCCCUUGCCGACGAGGACCGCCUGUACGAGUCGGCCUUUGCCGAGGCGCUCAAGGAGAAGGACGACAUCAUCUGGGGCAACGGCAACAUCCGCAUUGGCGAGCUCAUCCUCAUGAUCGACUCGGACACGCGCGUGCCUCGCGACUGCCUCCUCGACGCCGCCUGCGAGAUGCAGGCUUCGCCCGAGGUCGGCGUCCUCCAGCACUGCUCGGGCACGUUCCUCGCAGGUGCCGGCUUCUUCGAAAACUACAUCUCGUUCUUCACGACGUCGGUCAACUACAGCAUCACGUGGGCCGUCGCCAACGGCUCGUCGAGCCCGUUCAUGGGCCACAACGCCUUCCUGCGGUGGAGCGCGCUGCAGCACCAGGCGCAGGCCAACCCCGAGGGCAAGAUCUGGUCCGAGGAGCACGUCUCGGAGGACUUUGUCAUGACGCUCAACCUCGUCCGCGCCGGCUACAUCACGCGAUGGGCGACCUACUCGAAGCUCGGGUUCGAGGAGGGCGUCUCGCUCAGCUGCGAUGACGAGCUCAACCGGUGGCAGAAGUACGCGUUCGGGUGCUCCGAGAUGGUGUUCCAGCCGUUCCGGUACUGGUUCACGCGCGGGCCCAUCUCGAAGCUCUUCACGAGCUUCCUCCGGGGCAAGUCGCCUCUGCCGUGCAAGCUCAGUUCGAUCUCGUACAUCGCCAGUUACUGGGCGCUCGCCGUCGCGUGCCCGAUGGUCCUCGCGUUCUACUUCCUCGAGGGCGAGUUCAUCUGGGACAUGUCGGGCGCGUUCCGCCCGGCCUUUUCAACGCUCGUCUCGAUCAUCGUCGUCUUCGCUGGUGGCUCGACGUGCGCGACCGCCGUGUCGCGGUACCGGUCGCAGAACGCGACGCUGCGCACGGCCCUGUGGCAAGGCUUCAGCAACGCGCCGGCGGCCGUCCUUUUCUUCACCGGCCUGUCGUUCCACGUCAUGACCGCUUUGUUGGCACAUGUGACCAGCUACAACAUGGUCUGGUCAGCGACUAAGAAGGACCUCGAGAUGCCGACGAUCCAGGAGGAGCUGCCGGUCGUCUUCAAGCGCCACUGGUUGACGUUCCUGCUCGGGUUCAGCGUCGUCGCCGGGGCCGUCAUCAUGACGACGAGCCUGAUCCCGCUCACGUGGCAAAUCCCCGAGUUCACGAUCAUCUUCCCGCUCCUGUGGCUCUGCGGCGGACACAUCCUCUACCCUCUCCUCCUCAACCCGGCCAUCAUGCUCUUCCGCUUCUAG